AUGGAGGCCUUUCAGUCAAUAAAUAGCAAGGGGAAUGCGGAGCCACGGAGGCUCGGGCUGAAGGAGGUAUACUGCGGUCGAAAUACUGAUCCUGGCACACCCAACAUAGACAUCGUUGCCAUCCACGGCUUGGACACGCACUCACCAAAAACAUGGGUGGCAUGGAAGAAGGACGGCGACCCUAAGUCUGGAGAAGUCCACUGGCUGCAAGAUCGCAGUAUGCUGCCUUCGGUUAUCCCAAGCGCUCGCAUCUUUACGUACGACUGGAACGCGAACUUCGACAAAGAUGCGGCUGCUCAAGGUUUGCUUGGCCAUGCCGACGGUUUACUGGAAAAGUUGCACAUCCGAAGAUCAAAGGACGCUAUUAAUCGACCCCUCAUUUUCGUUGCCUCCUGCUUUGGUGGCUUAUUACUUUCCAAGAAGGCGCUUCACCGGGCAUCGGAAGGCCACAGCAAGUACCAGAACAUCCUCAAGUCGACCGUCGGUAUUGCAUUUCUAGGAACACCCUUUCAAGGUAGUAAUAAAGGCUUUAUUACUUCUACGCAGCUGCGUCUCAAUAUUGCAAUAUCAUCAGGGGGGGAAACAGCCGACGAGUUGGUCAAGUAUCUGAACAACAACGACAGCGAACGUAAACAACUUGAUGAGGUUGUCCAGCAGUUCUGCGAAAUGGCCAAUAGCAAGAUGUUCAAGUUUCCAAUUAUAUGCUUUUACGAGACACGCCGAACGGACUUCAAGAAAGUUCUCAAAGAAUUAACACCUGAAUUUCGCAAGGCGCUUGGCAAGCAUGAUACGGGCAUCCUUGUUCCAGAAUACUCAGCUUGCCUUCAAGGCCAACCACGAUCUGAUUUGGCCGUCAGGCACGGAUUGUUAAACAAGUUUGCAGGGCCGGAGGACCCGGCUUUUGAGAUUGUAUCCUAUUACUUAAAAGAGUUCGCCGAAGAGGCACUGCAGCGGGGACCGGAUGCCUGGAUCCAAAACGAACACUAUCGAGACAAGCUCAACAUAGUGCGGCUCUCAGGCAACCAUCUGUCAAUGGACCAGUGCUACAUCAACCUCGCCAUUAUAGAAACAUCCAACGGAGAAGCGGAUCGCAUAGAGAAAGGAUCAGAUGGGGAAGACUUAACUCCACAGCACUCCCCGUUUUCGAUCCUCGCUCGACAGAAAGUUGAGACGCCAGACAAGACGACACAGGUUGAGUUGGCGACAUUAUUCAACGACCGCAAACGACCCCAAAGUAAAACGAUAAAACCAAGAAGAAUCUUGAUUCGAGGACGUGCCGGUGUUGGCAAGACGACCUUGUGCAAGAAGAUUGUCCACGAGUUUACCCGAGGCGCCUGGGGUGAGUGGACGAACAUCUUCGACCGCGUUCUUUGGGUGCCCCUAAGGAGCCUGAAACGAAAACCUGACAAUGGGUACCAUCUUGAGGGUCUGUUCCUCCGAGAUUUUUUCUCUAAUGCACCGAAUCGUGAAGCCCUCGCCAAACAACUUGAAGAGACAUUGCAUAUUACCAAGUUUGCUACAACCCUGUUUAUCCUGGAUGGCCUGGAUGAAGUUUCUGAGGGCAUGCGACCGAGCAACGAAAUGCACAAAUUUCUCAUAUUUCUCUUACAAAUUCCCAACGUUAUUAUUACAUCCCGGCCCAACGCUAGCCUUCCUUCUUGGAUCCGAGCUCCAGAUCUAGAAUUGGAAACGAUAGGAUUUUACCCAGACCAAGUGGAGGAGUAUAUCGAGAAGACCUUUACCGACUUUGCCGAUGCAAAAACGCCUGAAAUUGAUCAGGAAACAGUCGACAAGAUCCAGCUCUUCAUUCGAGAUCACUGGCUUCUCCAGGGUCUUAUUCGGAUCCCGAUUCAGCUUGAUGCGCUUUGUUAUACCUGGAAAGACUUGGAUCGGGGAAAUUUGCCCAAUACUAUGACGGGUAUAUAUGAAGCUAUCGUGCAAAGGUUAUGGAGGAAGGAUAUCGUGCGACUAGAGAGAUUGGACGAGAACUAUGUCGCAUCAGCCCAAGACGUCGAAAUCGAGGACGAGGUCGAGAAUGACAGCGCACGUCUUGAGUGUCUUGCCUUUAACGGUCUACACUGCGACAUUAUGGACUUCACACGAACUCAUCGAAACCAGAUAGCCAAGAAUUUGCCUGCCGCGUCGCAUUUGAUCAAAUUGUCGCUCGACGAGACUCUUGCACAACUCUCUUUCAUGCGAACAUCAGACCCAUCAUCAAUGUCCGAGGACCGAAAUUACCACUUUAUACAUCUGACUUUUCAAGAGUACUUCGCGGCAAGGUAUUUUGUGCGACAGUGGAAGAAUAAUGGACAACUCCAGUGUCUUGCAUUGGGCAGUAAGUACACGGAGACAAUGCCGACCGGUCCCACAGAGUUUCUUCGGAAACACAAGUAUACAGCACGGUACGACAUCUUUUGGCGUUUUGUUGCCGGCUUGCUUGAUAUCAGAAGCAACGUCGGGCCAGGACAGGAUAUACAACGCUUUUUCCGGAUGAUCGAGGACGAACCGCUUGAUCUUUUGGGUCCUACCCAUCAACGACUGGUUAUGCAUUGCUUGAGCGAAAUAUCGGGUAGCGUACCAAUGCGGGAGAACCUAGAACAGAGGUCGCCCGAGUGGUUGCGAAUGAGGGAGGACUUGGAACAAAAGCUGUCCGAGUGGCUGCUUUUCGAGUGCGACUUUAAGGGGAGUGCGCAGCUAGCAAGCGAAAUGGAGUUUCCCGAGAGAGCGUUGGAUGCUGCCUUACUAGAGGGGUCUGAUCAUGCUCAGAAAACAAUUUUACAGUCGCUAACUGGGCGACCGGCCAUACCUGACAAGAUCCUCACGGCGGUGGCGGCACGGCUCAACGACAAGGAUAGGUACGUGAGAGGCGCCGCGAUUAAAGCCUUAGUAGGUCAGCGACGGGCCCUGCCGGACAAGACAUGGAUCCUCACAGCGGUACUGGCACGGCUUAACGAUGAGGACAGCUACGUGCGAGUCGCUAUUAUUAAGGCGUUAGAUCAGCGUCCGGCCCUACCUCACGAGAUCCUCACGGCGGUGGCGGCACGGUUUAACGACGAGGAGUGGUAUGUACGACAAGCCGCUGUUAUAGUUCUAGGUGGGCGACCGGCCUUACCUGAGAAGGUUCUUCUAGAGGUAGUAGCACGGCUUAGCGAUAAAAAAAGAGACGUGCGAAGCGCGGCUAUUACAGCCUUAGGUCAGCAACUAGCCCUAUUUAACGAGACAUGGAUUCUUAUGGCGGUAAUAGCACGGCUUAAAGAUAGGGAGUGGUACGUGCGAGUUGCCGCUAUUAAAGUCUUAGGUGAACAACUGGCCCUACCUAAAAAGAUUCUUAUGAUAGUAGUAGCACGGCUUACCGACGAUAAUCGGGAUGUACGAGACGCUGCUGUUGAAGCUUUAAGUAGGCGACAAGCUUUACCUAAUAAGAUUCUUACAGCGGUAACAGCACAACUUAAUAACGAGAAGUGGUAUAUACGACACGCCGCUGUUAUAGUCUUAGGUAGGCAACUAGCCCUACCUAAUAAAAUUCUCAUAGCAGUAACAGCACGACUUAAAGACAAGGAGUGGGAUGUGCGAUACGCCGCUGUUGAAGCUUUAGGUGGGCGACCGGCCUUACCUGAUAAGAUUUUUUUAGCAGUAGCAGCACGGCUUAAUGACGAGAAGUGGGAUGUGCGAUACGCCGCUGUUAUAGCCUUAGGUGGGCGACCAGCUCUGCCUGAUGAGGUUUUUAUAGCGGUAACAGCACGACUUGAUGACGAGGAUAAAAACGUGCGGCGCGCCGCUAUUAUAACUUUAGGUGGGCGACCGGCCCUGCCUAAUAAUAUUCUCACGGCAAUAACAGCACGAAUUAAUGACGCGGAGGGGGACGUGCAGCAGGCUACUAUUAUUACUUUAGGUGGGCGACCGGGCCUGCCUUAUGAGAUUCUCACGAUAAUAGCGGCACGGCUUGAUAGUAAAAAUGGGGACGCACGACGCACCGCCGUUGAAGCCUUAAGUCGGCAACCGGCCCUGCCUAAUAAGAUCCUCACGAUAGUAGCGGCACGGCUUAAUGACGAGGAUAGGGACGUGCGACGGGCCACUGUUGUAGCCUUGAGUCGGCAACCGGCCCUGCCUGAUAAGAUCCUCACGGUAAUAGCGGCACGGCUUGAUGACAAGGAUAGGUAUGUGCGAGGAGCUACAAUUACAGCCUUAAUAAGUCAACGACCGGCCCUGCCUGAUAAGAUUUUUAUAGCGGCAGCGGUACGGCUUAACGAUAAGGACAAGUAUAUACGGAUUGCUGUCGUUAAAGCUUUAGGUCAACAACCGGUUGUGCCUGACGAGAUUCUCACGGCAGUAGUGGCACUGUUCAGCGACGAGGACGAGGACGUGCGACGCGCCGCCGUCAAUGCCUUUCUCGAUAUACUGCAAAAGCACAGAAAAUUUAAUUGCUCCCUUCUCAACGGCCCUCAAGUCGCAUCUCUGUAUGAAAAUUUACUCUAUCGAAGCUUCGAGGAACAGUUGAGUUGGUACAGUGAGGAUAACAGCUCCUGCUUGAACAUGCCAGAGGGUAUCAGGAGAAUUUAUCAACAUGCCGACAUCAAGUCCAAGAUUAACAGGGCACGACCAAGAAACUUUCCGUCCACGCCGCAACAAUCGAUUUUUUAA